AGGGGCUAUAUAAGCGCUGGUGCGGUUAAGCUGUUGCGUAGUUCGUACUGGGCUUUUGAAGGGGGAGUAGUCGUUUACUGUAGUCAAGAAACAGAAGAAAAUGGCAUCAGACGAGGGAAAACUCUUUGUCGGUGGACUCAGUUUUGACACCAAUGAACAGUCACUGGAGCAAGUCUUCUCUAAAUAUGGACAGAUUUCUGAAGUUGUUGUUGUAAAAGACAGAGAGACUCAGAGAUCCAGAGGAUUUGGCUUUGUCACUUUUGAGAACAUUGAUGAUGCAAAAGAUGCAAUGAUGGCCAUGAAUGGGAAGUCUGUUGAUGGCCGCCAGAUCAGAGUUGACCAAGCAGGCAAGUCAUCAGAGAACAGAUCCCGUGGUUACAGAGGGGGCUCAGCUGGAGGCAGAGGCUUUUUCCGUGGAGGCAGAGGCCGGGGCCGGGGCUUCUCCAGAGGUGCUGGUGGAGACAGAGGCUAUGGGGGCAGCAGAUUUGAAUCUAGAAGUGGGGGAUACAGUGGGUCCAGAGACUACUAUGGGAGCAGCCGGAGUCAAGGCAGCUAUGGUGACAGGCCUUCUGGAGGGUCUUACAGAGACAGCUAUGACAGUUAUGCUACACACAACGAGUAAAAAACCUUCCUGACUCAAGAUCGUCCUUCCAAUGGCUGUAUUUAUAAAGAUUUUUGGAGCUUCGCUGAAAUCGUUCUUGUGUAGUCCAUCUCCUUUGUAUUCUCACUUUUGUAGUAAAACUCUCAGUUCUGACCUUGUCAAAAACACAGCCUGACAGCUUCUAAUAUGUGAUAGUCUGUUGAGACUCAAAAGAAAGCUCUGGGAUUUUCCUCUCAAGUGUUUUAACCUUUUUUUUUAAAGCACUUAAGAUUUUAGUUUUGUGAGCCAAGGCGUUGAGAUUUUUUUUUAAAAAAAAAAGACUUGGAAGGUUUUGGGGUCCCCUUUGUUCUUACGAGCAAGAAAGGACCUUAAUUGUUCAGUAGAAGCUGACCAAGCUGUGAUCUAAUUUUUUUGUUUUUAGUGCAUCAUUUUGUAACAUUCCUUUAGUGUAGCAAGGUAGGUAUUGCAGUCUGGGUAUAAAUUUAAAAGCAAAACCACCUUGAUAUAGCUAAAGAGAUAUUUGCUUGUAUGUUCAACCUGCAUUAAGACUGACUUGUAUGCCAUAAAACUUUCCCAGACACUCUUACUUCGCAAGAGGUUCAUGAAAAAAAUGUUUGUUUAUAUUGUCCUUUUUUUACUGGAAGAAAGUAUGCCUAAUUCCAUUGAUGUUGUAAUUUUGAAGUGGUAAAAGGAUUUCUUGUACAGUUUUCCUUUGGCUUCACGAAGCCUAUUAAAAGUCCAUCUGAAACAAAAAUCUGCUCUUGAAAUUUUACAUCUCGCUGCACAACACAACUCUGUGGAUGAUCAUAAAAAGUGUACAGUUUGAAGGACAAGCAGCAGAAGGAGAAACUUGUUUUAGGAAGAACCAGAUAGACCAGUGUCAGUGAAAGCUUUAAUGCCAAUUGUAACAUAACAUUCUAAGAUGUAGCUAUACAGCAGAUAGAAACAAGUUUCAAAGGAGGUAGCUAAUUCCCCUCCCCUUAAUGGGACCACUUAAUGUUGGCUGGAAUUGUUCCAACCUUUGAAAAUGAGGGAUGUCACUGCUUUUCUUAGUAAUGCACUCUGUAACUGUUCAGAUUAAAGAACUUCUAGUAACUAUAGCUUUAUAGUUUGAGCAAGAGCCAACAGCCAGUUUGCUAAGAUGAAAGCCAGCCAGAUUGUUAGCUUAGAACUUGAAAUAGUCUCUCCUUGUUAACUGGAUCAGCUGCUGCUAGUCUGACAGUGUUCCAAGGCAGAUAACUGUGACCUAAUUUAGCUAGCUUUGUCAUUGCCUUCUAAGUUUUAAGAAUUCUCUGCUAGCGUAUGGAAAACUGCAGUGCCUUGGCGAAAAAGAAGUGUUGUGCCUCCAACAGAGAGAACCUCUGAGACCGAAAGCUGCUCUCUUGGCUAGUUCAUAUGUGGGGAUAGUCCUGUAAUUCGAGGUAACUCUUUUGCUCAUGUCCGCAUCCUUCCUCCUGUUGAGAGCUCAUUUUUUUGAAAAGUGAAUGUUGACCCAUGUGAACCAGAUUACCUCUGCCAAUUUUGGUCAGCUAAGAACACCUUUAAAAACUUUUUUUCCUGUAUUUGAGUCGUUGGUUUGUGGCACAAAUUUGACAGGGGCCAGAAGGGGGUGCCAGUAGGUUUAAAAGUAAGAUGGGGAACUGAAUUUCCCCCCCAUGUAUUUAUGCUUGUCUCUGGAGACACUACCUUAAGACUUCAUGUAAGUCACAUUAAAUGUAAUGUUGUUUGCCAUUAACUUUUUCCCAUAGCCCGCACUAUUCGUAAGCAAACAUCAACAGUGACUAACUGCUUUGUGGGUUUGGGUGCCAGCACAUAAUCAUUCUUGGAAUAGCUGGCCCACACAGGGCUUUUGAGGUGCACUCAACUUCCACAGAUGGCUUGUGGGAACCCUUUUGUAGAAAAUGAUGGUUCUGUGUAGGGGAGGGGGUUAGAAAAACAUGACUGAGUAAAGGGCGUGACCUUUUGUAACAUGCGUUUGUCUUGGCAGGUUGAAGAGAAAAAGGACAGUUGAGAAAAAUGAUUUUGAGCUUGAUGACCAACCUUUUGAACCAUAAUCAACCCUCAGCUUUGCAAGCAGCCCUGAGCUGCUUGAAAAGAGGAUGAAGGAGGAAAGUGGCUGCCAUGGCGGUGCUGAAGAGUUCAGAGGAGUGUGUAUUUUGGAUCCACUGGCCAAGUGGGAAAGUGCCAAGUUAAUAAAUAAACAUGGGGCUACAACACA